AUGUGUAGUAGUUGUAAAAAUGAGUGUGCUGAUAAAGAACCCGCAUGUGUUGUUCCAGAAAAAGAUUCAAGUUGUAAAGAUUUAAUAAAAGACUGCGAUUCAAAAGUUUAUCUUUGUAAUAUGAAUAACUAUGAAAAAAUUAUGUCAAAAUCUUGUCCAUCAACAUGUGGGAUUUGUAAUGGAAAUAAAAAGACAACUACAACAAAACCUACUACUACAACGAUUGCUAGUAGUUCAAAGAGUACAAAAACUCCCACAAAAAUUUAA